AUAUACACGGACAUCAAUCUAAUCUAUUUGAUUCAUCGUUUUUCUCUCAGAUCCUAGUAUUGUUUAUAUGUAUAUAUAUUGAUGGGCAAUUCAUUAGCUCCUUGUUUCCAUUCAAAUCCAAUGUCUUCAGUGAAGCUGAUAUUCUGGGAAGGAAACACGAGAACCCUAACCGGAAAACACAUCGCCGGCGAGGUCAUGUUUGAGUUCCCGGACAAGAUGGUUUGUCAUUCGGACUCUUUCUUCAUCGGUCACCCCAUCCCAGCUUUAUCCAUGGACGACCAUCUCAUUCCAGGCCGAACUUACUUCGUUCUCCCACUAGAUCGCUUUGCAUGCAAUGUCUUGACAGCUUCUUCUCUCGCCGCCUUAAACUCUAGGUCUAGCCCUAAACCUGCUCCGAUCAACUUCGGCGCUUGCCCUUUCGAGUACGUUAAAGGUGGCGAUGGUAGGGUAUUGAUCAAAGUGGUGCCGGAGUUUAUAACAAGUUUGAUUACUAAAAGCAAGGAAGGAGAUGAAACUGGGAGCGAUGGUGGGAAUGGUUUUCUUUGCAGUACGCCGGAGCUGAAGAAGCGUUACGAGACCCUGGUCGGGUCUAAACAACAAGGCUGGUCGCCUAAACUUGAGACGAUCUCAGAGUAUAAGGUCAGGCGUUCGCCUUGCAGGUUCAUAGGGUUGGAAUGGAAACAAAGGGAAAAUCAACAAUGAUUUUACUCUAAUUUCCGCUAAAGGUAAAAUGGGAUGUAUUCAUAUUGUUCAUCUCCCUUUUUAACUGUUAAUAUAUAGGAAAUUAUUAGUGGUACUUAAUCUGGGGUUGUUCUUAUUUUGAUUUACUUUAAUUGCUCCUAUUUAAUUAAU